AUGAAUGAACACGAUAUUCCAAGUCUAGGAUCGAUUCUUCCAAGCACGACUAAGAAGCAAGAAAAUAUACAAGCAAAAGAACCCAGUGUUCCUGGAGUCAAAUUUCAUGAGUACAAGCCUUACGGGUCUUUCGUUCCGUUAUAUGACUCACGUGAUGCCUUAAUGUCUUAUGAAGAUACCGUGACAGCGUGCGCGUUUAGGAAUGCUGUUAGUCAUUCUACAAACCUGCCCGAUAAGAUAAGCACAGAGAAUAAAGAUGAAUCCUUAUCCAAAAAAAGCUCUCGUGAACCGGUACCAAGAAGCACGUCAAAUUCGACCAAGGACGUUUUUUCCGUCGAAAAUGACCGUUGCACUGAACAGAAUCAAUGUUCUUUAUCAAAACCAUUAAAGAAUCUGAAUGAAAUUUCAACAAAUAAUACAAACGGGAAUUCUGAGGACACUGAUGUCGAUAUGUUAUGUAAACUAAUUGAAAAUGAUGAUUCGCAUAUGUUUGAUUUAAAAUUAGAUGAAAAUGUCGAAAUCUUUUUAGAGUUACAAAAAUUACAAACCGAUAGAUUUAUAAAAAAUCCCCACGAUAUGUCAGAGAAAGAAAAAAAUUUAGUUCCGCCAUCCGCAUUGGUAACUCAUGAAGGCAUAGAGAAGGCUAUGGCGCAGUUACCAAUGCGCGAAACAGCAUUCAAAGGAAUGCUUCCGAUAAACAAAAGUCACGCAUAUUUACAGAAUGAAAAUUCUCGUAACCCCCUUUACGGAUCUACAAAUGCAGUUCGUCUUUCUGGUGUUAAUACGCCUAUGCACCACAAUGAACAUCAACAGCAGAAUAUGAUAGCCAAUGGGUCGAUCCAUACGACACCAUCGCAUCCGAUUCCUAGUGGGACACAACCAAUGUUCAUGGGAUUACCACCUACAAGGACUCCAGCUACCCACAUACCGAUGAAUGUCCCCUAUGGGAUGGGCUACGUUGUUGCCG